CUUUCGAACGCACCACCUCCGGUCACCACGUGGCUUGAUCGAUGUCCGGAGGGGGAGCAUGCGUGCCUUCCCGCAUUCGCUCCUCCGGUCUGGUAAAUGCAGAAGGCGAAUUCCCACCCAGAGAACGGGUCGAAACGCGGCAGAACGCCGGAUCGGUUGGUAAACUUUCGGAGGCGCACUCGUUCGCAUGCAACGUCGGGCGCUGCUGAUGCGAAAGCUCCCUUUUCCAGAACCAUGGUGCGCGUCGUGUUUUAACCGGCCACCCGAGUUUUGUGUGAUAUGAACGUUUGUUUGUUAAUUUGCGUUAAUUCAAGCCCUCUGGAACGGCCCGUCAGUUUUGUUGAUAAAAAAGUUUUUAUUGUGAAUGAAUAACCCGAUCGUCGACAACAUGGAAACUGAGUCGUCGUUGAACCGUUCGACUGCCGAAACGCAACUUCCCGCGACCGAUCAGAAACAAGUACUCGACGACAGCUGCGACGAGGCUGAUAACACGAUACACGCUUUCAACGCUUCGAACGCUAACGAAACGGUCAUCGAGAAGAUCGGCGAUGUUUCAGUGAUCGAAAAGACCGACGAGGAGCCGCCAAAGCCGAAGAAACCACCCCAUUUAGAACUGCACGUGCAGUGCGACAAUAAUUUGGAUCUGGUGAAGUGCGAGGGCAGUGAUAGUGGUGUGGAAGUGGUCGAGCAUUUGGACGCUUUUGUCUUUCAGAGGACUCUCAGCUCUAACAGCGGUAACUCCCACGAGUUCGAUACAGUCGUUUGUCCGCGAUCAUGUGAUUCAUCAAUAAUCAGUUGUUGCUCAAAUUAUGAUGAAGCCUUUAAUCUACUAGUGAGAAAAAACUCCACACUUUUUGAAGACUACACCCGCAACGGGGACGUCACCAGUGAGAACGGAAGCGAAAGCUCUUCCCUCAGUGGUACCACCACAAGAAACACGAAGAGGAACUUACUGAAUAGUUCCAAGAAGAAAGUCUCCGUGGCUGACGCCAAAAACAAAUUGAAUCUAAGCAAGGACAGAUCGCGUCCUAAACCUCCGGUAACACCCAAAACAGUACCGGUACGUUUAAAGUCGGCGGACCGUUCUCAGUCCAGAAACAGUUCCGUUUUGUCCAAAAGUCCCAGACCAAAAGUCACACCCACAAAUCUCGAUUUAUCUGCUAAGAAAGACUCUAAACGACCCUCUUCCGCACGUACGCCAUCAACCACCAGGACCCCCCAGGUGACUCCCACAGACGACGGUCGUUGGCCCUCCGUCAACUCCAAGCCCGCCCCGUUAAUGGCACGUAGUUUGAAAGGCGCAAUUGACCCAACCAAACCCAAACCCAUAACCCAAAUGGAGACCAAAACGAUCGAAAAGUACGCCACCCUCCCCAGAAGGAAAAAGGAGAAGUCCGCCGAAAGCAUCAAAGACCCUCCCAAGAAGACCAACAGCCGCGAAAGCAGCUCCAAUCGUUUAAGCGUGUCCAAAAAACUCCCAUCCAGAGAAACGACACCGUCUAAAUAUUCGAUGUACACAAACAAGGCAAAACAAAAGGUAAAGAUCUACCACGAAACCAGCAUCCAAACCGCCCUAACGAUGACGGAUGUCGAGAAAGCCCUGAACGGCGAAGUGGUCACGCUGAAAGAUCCGAACGAAAGGGAAAAGUGCCACGCUGAGGUUCAGGUGGACAUGAGCCAGAAGGAACUGGAGAAGUUGAGGGAACAGGUCAGACUGAUGACGGAGAAGUUCGAGCAUUUGCAGGGGGAUUACAAAGCUCAGACUGAAAAACUGAAGGAGACCGAGGACAAGUUGAAGGCGGAGGCGUUGGAAAAGGAGGGGUUGAAGCAGGAGCUCGAAACGAACACUCAAAGGGUGUUGGCUCUACUUGGAAGUGACAAUAAUGAGGCGGAUAAUUCGAGUGACAGCCUCUUAGUGCUGGAAAAUCGCUUCCAAAAUGUGAGUCUGGUGGUUAUAAGACAAGAAGAGGAAAUUUCAAAGUUAAACUCGCUGAUCAGAGCUUUACAAAUAGAUCUGGACAAGAGCAUGGCGGCUCAAAAAACACUUCUACAACAUCAGCAAGAACUGGAAGCAGAAAGCAUUGAGCUGCAGGAUUUCAUGCAAGCUGAAAAAUCUACAUUGACGGAUGCCUUGAAAGAAGCUGAGGUUGAGAUCAAGAGGUUUAAAAUGAUUGCAGUUCAAAAGGAGAAAGAAGUAUUAGAUAAGCAAGAUGAAUGCAAACACCUGGUGCGACUGAGCGAACAAAGGAAACAGGAACUGCUUGGUGUCCAGGCGCGUUUGACCCACGUGGAGACCAAGAGUAGGGAGUUGCUUGUUCAACAGGGUAGCUCCGUUUCGGGGGCGGCUGUCGCCCUGUCCGCCCUCAUCGGGCGGCUCGAAGGACUGGUGGAUGAACUGGUCGCCGCUUACAACAUUUCGGAUCAGGAACUUGAUGACGUCAUCUACCACAACGAAGCCUACAACAACAGCAGCAGCAGUCCGGAAUCCACGCCGGAAAAGUCGCGUAAACUGUUCGCUGACAAGACUCCCUCGCCGAAGAAGGGCUCGUCGUUCGUCUCGGCGGUGAUCAACGCGAUCAAAAACGCGGCAGCCCAAACCCCGUUCUCCAGCCGCGAUUACAGCGGCGACAACCUCUACACCGAACACUCCAGCUCCAACGAGAUGCUGGAUUCCGAAACUGAGCCGUGUCUGAUGAUGGAACAUGUGCUGGAGGACGUCGUGAUGCCGGACAGUCACAGUCACAACAUGAUCUCCUCCGGACACAGCAUGUUGACGUCAAGACUGACUCACAGCGAGAGCUUGAAGGAUUUGUCUCAAGCCAUACUGAACCGCCAACUGGCAGAACAAACUAGUCUGAGCUACGCCGGAAGUUUGAACACCUCAUUCACUAGUGAAAUGGCGUCGUUGACUGACUUUUUCCCCUCGAUUUCUCUGGUGGACCAGGUUAUUGAUGUGGACAACGUCAUAACGAGACUGUUGAAAGUCAUCAGAAUUAUACAGCUGGAAACUGAUGACAGUAUGAGCGAACUGCAGGAGCAAAGAGACGGUUUGGCUGAGCAAAUCGAUAAGCAAAAGGAAACUAAUAAGGUUGUGGUGAAGCAGCUGAAGGACUGGGAAGUAUUGGGUGCACGUUUGAAGGGAGAAGUCAAGGAACUGAUGGCGCAGUUGAGCAGGAAGAACGCUGAAAUGGACAAUCUUAAAACUGAAUUAAACAAUCAACGUGAACAAGUCGAGAAAUUAAACCAGGAUGUGUGUGAAUUAUCAACGGCGUUGGCUAAAGUUGAACUGGAAACGAGGAUUAAAGAGGAGGAAGUGUCGGAAGAAAUUAAAAAGUGGGAAAAAACUGGAGAAAUGCCCACUCCAGAUAUUUUGGCACGGUUUAUAGUUUCCCAAAACGAGCUGCCAAUUUUAAAAGAAAAACUAGCCGAAAAGGAAAAACGAUUAAGUGACGCUAGGAAAGAAUUUUUGGAGAGCAGGCAGGUAUUGAAUGAAAGCUUCAAGAACGCAGUUAGAGAAGUUAAGAAACAAUAUGACGCAAUUGAUAAAGCUUUAGAAGUUCUUAACAAAAACCAAGCAGUGGUCCAACAAUACCCACCUUUGGCACAGCUCCAGCGUGAGCUCGAGGAUAUUAGUUUUCAAACGGCUUCAGCCAUGCCUAUUGUGGCCCCAUCGGACUGUAACGCGAACGCCGCCCUUUUACAAGCGAUCGGAAACUUGGAGAUAGCCGCUCCCAUCAACACCACUGCCUAACACAAAAAAUUGUAGAGGGGGUGAAAACUGUUGGCUUAUUUUAAACCCAUGUGCCUGUGAUUUAAUUAAUCAAUUCGUAAAACUGACUCAGGUUAAUGAAGUGCAGACGAAUUUAACGUAAAACGAGUUGACCAUUUUAAUUUUCUUGUUAUUAUAUGUCAUUUAAAUUAUUAUUGUUAAUCACAAUUUCAAUCAGUGUGUAACAAAUUAAUUUUUUCUUUUAUUGUAUAAUAUAUUGAAUUUGUCCACUAGACUGAAAAUUAUGAUCUCAAUAAAUUGUCUCUUAUAUUAAAUAGUGGAAAAAUCCAAUCUGGAGUCAUCACUACUUUUAUCCUUAUUAGCGUACUUUUAAUUCUACUAAAAGUAUGUCAUUAAUUUUAAAUUAUUGAAAACAUUUCUUUUUAAAUAAAGAAAAAUGUUUUUAUUUCUGACCAUUGUUUAAAUUUUUUAAAUACACAACAGUUUUCACCCACUACGUAGAUGUACCAGCCACAUUUUUGUAGCUCAAAAAUUGUCCUGUUAUAUAAUAAAAAUUGACCAAAUUUUUCCCCAAUUUUAGUGUUGUGAUGUUGAGCUAUAAAAUGUAUGAUGUAACUUGUUGAUAUUCUGAAUUGUAAUUGCACUGUACCGACAUUGAAUGCCAUUGUUUUUAAACACUUGUAAAUAGAAUUUUUCCUAUUUUGUAUAUUUUAUUAUGUAGUUCGUUAAGAUUAAUAAUUUUGACUUCCUAGAGAUAAAAAAGGCUGAUCCACGCCAUCUUACUAAAAUACGUCCAAUACGAAUUUUUCUAUGUUUAGAAUUAGAAGUUUUCGUGUUAUCGUAACGCUUUUUUUGUUUUUGAAACGAAUCAAAAUUGUAUUAUUAAUUUGUUAACGUAUUAUUUGGUGCUUAAGACAAAAUAUAUACAUAUUUUUAGAAUGUUUGAAGCAAUGCCAUUAUUGUAAAUAAAUUUAUUUAUUAGUAA